AUGGAGUUGGGUGCAGUGGCCUUUCUACUCGACAACUUGCGCUUGGUGGUGGGAGAAGUAGAGCUGAUACGAGGCAUUCGCGGUCAUGUCAUAAAUCUCAAAGAUGAAUUAAAGAGUAUUCAAGAAGAGUUAAGCGAAGCAUACACAAAGCAAGAGGGCAACAGAAGUUUGAAGACAUGGAUAAAACAGGUUGGGACUUUAGCUUAUGAUAUCGAAAAUGUUUUAGACGAGUACAAGCUUUAUGCCACCCCACACUCUCAUAAGCUCCCUCGGUUUCUUGGGAACUUGAUAUCUUUCCAUUCCAUGGCCAAACAGAUAGAAGAUAUUCGGAAAGAACUCAAGGAAAAAAGAAAAAGAUACACAAAGAUCAUCUCAAGUCAAUCCCCAGCUGGUUCUACUACCUCUAUUGCAAUUGAUCAAAUAGGUAAACUAGUGCGAAGUAACAAAAGCAAAACCAUGUUUGAUUGGGGAAAGCUGGAUGAUACUCUUGGAUUUGAGCUAGCAAGUAAUGAACAUCUUUCAAGUAUUACCGAACUAUUAUCUCUUAGUUUCAUUAAUCUGUCCUACCAGUUUACCUAUUGUUUCUUGUACCUUGGCAUUUUUCCAAGGGGUUAUAGUGUUAGUUGUAGAAGGUUGAUUCGGUUAUGGAUAGCUGAGGGGUUCAUACAACAAACGAGUGGCAGAACAUUUGAAGAAGUUGCAGAGGAUUACCUCAAUUAUCUUAUCGAGAGGAACUUGAGCCUUCAUAGUUUAAGCAUAUCAUCACAAAGAAUGGAGGAACGUCUUCAUCUACAGACUAUGUCUAAUCCCCCUAUCCAUCUUCAACGUUUAGAUUUGAAGGGGCACCUUCAAAGCAUGCCCAGAUGGAUUUCAGAACUUCACGACCUGGUCAGGAUACGCCUGAAGUGGUCAAAGUUAGAGGAUAAUCCCAUUGAAGCCCUUCAAGAUUUGCCUAGCCUAAUGGAGCUUCAGCUGCUUGAUGCUUACAUUGGAGAUCAGUUGGACUUCAUGCAAAAGAAAUUUAAGAAACUUAAGAUACUGGAAUUUGAACAACUGUGUCAAUUACGUACGGUGAGAAUGUACAAAGGCACAUUGCCCAACCUUCAGAAACUAGUUAUAAGAUGCUGUCCAUUGUUAAGAGCAGUGCCUAGAGGAAUUGCCUACCUUACCCAACUGAAGGAACUUGAAUUGCAGGAUAUGGAUGAAACAUUCAUAAAUGGUAUUCGAAGGAACGGAGGUGAAUGCCGUUGGGAGGGUCCUAGCAGAGAAGAAAUUACAGCGAGCAUCUUCAUCCAUAAUUAUUCUCAACUCAGUGUCGCAAUCCUAAUCUUGUAUAUGAUCAUUUGGGAUGUUUUGGGAGGAGCAAGGCAAUGCUUUGAUAUGGCUGAUUCUGUUCUACUUACUAUUGCCUUUUAUGCUUUGAUGUACUGUGUUUUAGUGGAUAUGUCCAUGGUCUUUGGAGUCCAAAGAGGGGAGCAGAGGGAAGAAACAGAGGUUGCUGUAAUAGAGGGAAGAGGCAUGGCAGAGGUUGCUGUGAGUUUUCUGCUGAACAGGCUUAGUCACCUGGUAGAGGAAGAGGUUAAAUUGCUUGGAGGAGUGCAAAACGAAGUUGCAUACAUCACAAAUGAAUUGCAAAGCAUAGGAGCCUUCCUACGAGAUGCUGAUUCAAGGGAAGAAACGGAGGAAAGAGUUAAAGCUUGGGUGAAGCAAGUGAGAGAUGUGGCUUAUGAUAUGGAAGAUCUUCUUGAUGAGUUCAUGUUUUGCCUUGCUAGAAAAGAACAGCGGCAUGAGCUCUGCUAUUUCCUCUUCAAAUCUUUCCAUUUCGUGGAGACCCUGAAAGCACAACAUAGAUUUGCUAAUCAGAUGCAACAGAUCAAAGAAAGAGUGCGCGACAUCUCGGACAGAAGCCAAAGAUAUGGAUUCAGAAGCCAAGAACAAGGCUCGAGUUCGAGUUCUCUAGCCGAUAGAUGGCAUGAUCUUCGUGGUGAUGCUCUCCUACUAGAGGAAGCUGAUCUGGUGGGGAUUGAAAAACCCAAGGAAAAGAUAAUUGGGUGGCUUCUGAAAAACAGCUUGAUGCUUAGAGUGGUUGCAGUAGUAGGCAUGGGUGGAUCUGGAAAGACAACACUGGUCAAGAGAGUCUAUGAUGAUCAAAGGGUAAAGACGCAUUUUGAGUCCCAUGUUUGGAUUACUGUUUCACAGUCAUUUAAGACUGACGAGGUGCUAAGAGACAUGAUAGAACAACUCUUUGAAGAAUGCAACCAAUCAAUUCCUGGAGGAGUAGAAGCAAUGAAAGAAACCAGACUCAAGCUGAUACUCAAAGAAUUUUUGAAGCAAAGAAGGUAUGUUCUUGUUUUUGAUGAUAUAUGGAGCAAUCAAGCAUGGGAAUCUGUUAAAUAUGCUUGCCCUGAUGGCAAGCAUGGGAGUCGAAUAAUCAUCACAACACGUUCAGAUGAUAUAGCUUCAUCUUGCAUCAAACCUUAUGGUCAUCUGUAUCAUCUCAAACCUUUGUCUCCAGAAGAGUCAUGGACUCUAUUUUGUGAGAAAGCAUUUGGGUCAAAAAAUGAGCCUGAUCUAACUCACCAAUUACAGGGGCUCUCAAGAAGUAUCAUGAGAAGAUGCGAAGGGCUGCCGCUUGCAAUUGUCGCAAUCGGUGGCCUUCUGUCAACAAAAUUGAAGAAUGUGAUAGAAUGGCAAAUGGUGUAUCGCAAUCUUGGCAUUGAAUUAGAAAGCAAUGACAAACUAAGAAGCAUGAAGAAGAUAUUGUCUCUUAGUUAUGAUGAUCUUCCAUACCAUCUUAAAUCCUGUAUUCUGUAUUUAGGCGUUUUCCCUGAGGAUGAAUUGAUUGAACCCAUGAGACUGAUUCGAUUGUGGAUGGCAGAAGGAUUCAUUCAAGGAGAUGAGCAAGGCAGAACCAUGGAAGAGAUUGGAGAGGUAUACUUCUAUGACCUCAUAAAUAGGAACUUGAUCCAAAUAUUGAAUAGACACACUGAUGGGAGAGUUAGAACAUGUCGAAUCCACAGUGUGAUGAAGGAAAUUGUUCUUUCCAAAGCAAGAGAAGAGAACUUUGGAGAAAUAGUUGUUGUUGAUGAGCUGAAUACUCAGUUGUAUGAUAAAGUUCGACGUCUAUCGAUUCAUAAUGGCUGUGAAAAGAUACUAGAAAAGAAGAGCUUCGCUCGACUUCAUUCUCUGUUCAUGUUUCAGGCAAACAUUCCAUCCAUUUCAUUUUCCUGUGCGCACUUCUCUGGAUUUAGGCUGCUCAAAGUGUUGGAAUUGAGAGACGCUCCAUUAGAAGUGUUUCCAGCAGAAGUUGUAAAUCUAUUCCAUUUAAGGUAUUUAAGUUUGAGAGGAACCAAGGUGAAAAGGAUUCCAGUUUCCAUUGGAAAUCUUGAAAACCUGCAGACUUUGGAUCUUAGGUAUGCCCCUGUAUCCAAGCUACCCAUUGGGAUCCUAAAGCUACAAAAGCUACGCCAUCUUCUAGUUCAUCAAUACAACAGCAAAGCGUACAUCAAAUUUCAUCAUCCAGGAUUCAGGGCACCAAGAGGAAUCGAGAAUUUGGAAACCCUUCAAAGCCUAUGCUUUAUAGAGGCUAACCAAGGCAGCCAUAUGAUUAAAGAGUUGGGGAGAUUGAGACAAUUAAGAAGACUGGGGAUCCUAAAAAUUAGAAGAGAAAAUGGGAUUGAUCUAUGCUCCUCCCUGGAGAAAAUAACUAACCUUCGCUCCUUAUUUCUAACUGCAGCAGAAGAGGAUGAGAUGCUUGAACUACAUUUUCUAUCUUCUCCACCUCCUUUUCUUCAGAGGUUAUACAUAAAAGGGCGUCUAGAGAAACCACCAGACUGGAUUCCUUCACUUCAUAACUUGGUGAAAUUGUACUUAAGUUGGUCAAGAAUGCGAGAUGAUCCACUUGAAGCACUUGAAGCUUUGCCUAAUCUGAUGAAGCUUUGGCUUCUUCACGCUUAUGAAGGGGAAGAAUUAUGUUUUCAUGCAGGAGGGUUUCAAAAGCUUCAGUUUCUAAUGCUUGAUCAGUUGGAAGAAUUGAGAUUAGUGAGAGUGGAGGAGGGAGCAAUGCCUCGUCUUCAAAGGUUGUGUAUUUGGAGUUGCCGGCUUCUAAAGGUGGUACCAUUGGGCAUUGAAUGUCUCACUAACCUCAAAGAGCUCCAUCUUUCCGAUAUGUCAAAUGAAUUUAAGAUUAUGCUGCUUUCGGAAGACUAUUGGAGAGUUGCAAAAAUUCAACUUGUCUAUUUUUACUUUUGGGAAAAUGGAGGUUGGAAGCGCGACCGUGUUCAUACAGUCAGCUCAUCAAUUUAAUAAGAUCACCCCAGACAAGAGGAGAUGCAACUGUCUUAGUUUUCAGGAUAGGCAAAUCAAGGCCCAGAGAAGCAUGAGCUAUGCCUUACGGUUCGUAGUAGUGUGCAGGUCUAUAUUACAAAGUUGGCUUGGGCUCCCCAUGUUUCCACUCAACAUCUAUAGCUAUCAAAGCUGUAGCAUUACCUCUCUCUCUCUCUCUCUCUCUCCACAUUCAGCAGCUAAUCUAGAAAUUCAACUUUCUCUCUCUCUCCCCACAUUCGGCAGCUAAUCUAGAAAUUCAACUUUUUCUCUCUCUCUCCACAUUCAGCAGCUAAUCUAGAAAUUCAACUUACAUUGAUGGGUUCUAUCGGCUGUAUUCUCAGUUUGUUUGCCGUAUGAAUUUCUUUGAGAGUGAACACUGGUGUGAGUUACGGGGACAACCUAGAUUGGCCCAAAUUAGCAUUUUUACACCGCUUCGGGCCAGGGCCAUAUAUAAGCCCAACCUGUACCUGCCUAAGUUGUAACCCUAGUUUGAGUUCCAUGUAUAUGAAAGAAACACAGGUAUAUUGGCACA